ACACCAUUAUGACAUCCCUGCACUAAAAAUAUCCUAGCAGUUAGAACCAACAAGUCUGAAUCAUAACCACCUCGACUACUCCAGAAUGACUUCCACUCUGUUUGUCUUAGCUCUCCUGAGAACCACCUUGGCCUUUGGGCCUGUAGGCCCGUGGAGCGAGAGCAAUGGGACAGAGGAUGGAGGUGGGAAGUGCUCCUGUGAGGCCUUCCUGCCCGGCUCCACCUUCCCAGUGGGAGAGCUGGUCCUCCUGGAAGAGAUGGCUAUGCAGAUCAACCACAAGCUGGAGAUGGAAAUGAGCAAGAUCUCCUCCAUGGUGGUGGUCGUGACCAAGCUGGAGAGAUACAAUAAGAACCUGGUGUUGGUGACCCGUCGUGAGUACAUCAAUAUACAGCUCAAACUGGAGGAGUGUGAGAAGCGCCACAAUGAGAUCUUCAACCCCAACAUCGGGUCCUGAGAGCACAGAGGUAUAACCAGAGGCAGCAAGCCCAUUGUCAGUCAACUGAAUGCCCACUUGAAUGCUGGCUUCAAAUGGGGAGGCUGGGGGAAAGAUUCUAAGCCUGUGCAUGGUUCUGAAUUUUAAUACUGGUACUCUGGCUAUAGUGGUGCCUCAAUUGUUGACAUGAGAUUUUACAGUAGCUAUAAAAAUCCUAUUUUGAGAACUCCAUUUAAACACCAAAGCUUGUCAAGUAGCUGGUAUGGAACUGGUAACAACUUCAUUGUUCGUGAUAACACCCUGUAUUAUCAAUUGAACAAUCCAUUUAACAUGGCCAAACUGAAUUUUACUACUAUGAACUAUGAGUACAGGGUCAUUGCAAAGGCUAGCACCAGAUUCUCGUAUAGUCACUCACCCAAUCAGAACCUAGACUAUGCUGCUGAUGAGAAUGGGCUGUGGGUGACCUAUGCUACAGAGGAAUCCAAGGGUAAAAUGAUCAUUGCUAAAAUUCAUGAGCCAUCAUUUGGUAUAGAGGAGUUGUGGGAAACCAGUGUGUACAAACCAUCUGUGAGCAAUGCCUUCAUGGUGUGUGGAGUCUUCUAUGCUGUCUGAACAGUUGACAUUCACUAUGAGGAAAUAUUUUAUACUUAUGACACCAAGAUAAAACAAGAGAGCUACAUGAGUAUUCCAUUUGAGCGGUUCCAGGACAAGUAUGUCAACCUGGACUUACAACCCCACUGAUCAGAAACUCUACAUGUACAACGAUGGCUACUAUGUCAACUAUCAUCUCUGGUUUGACAACCAGGCCACUGUAAACACAGCACACCCCUUGGUCAAAUAAAAGGCCUAUUGUGGCAUAUUGAAACUCGUUAUACUCAAGUCAGAUUUAAUCUCUUUUGUAGUUGCUCUGAUUAUAUAGAAUAUCCGGGCUCAUGCUCAUCGUGUUGAUUUGAAAUAAAUGGCUUAAGCAUUCUCGUUGUGUUCAAGGGUUUACCUUUGAUAUUCCAUCUGAAAUAGUACUGUCUUCAUUGUAUUAAAGUAUUAUGAUUCCGUCAGUCUUCAGUCUACAUCAGCAUCUGUAUAAUGAGGUGUAUACUAUACCCCAGAUUCAGCCAAAUGGAGGUCAGUUGUGGCUAAUAAGCAUGAUUCUGUGUAUCUCAUAUAAAAUACUUUAAUUGAGUCCCUUAUGCUGAUAAUAAACUCGGUGUCAAACA